AGUUAACUUUACACUAUCGGAGAGUAGCACAAAUGCAAAUCAAGUCAUUCAGGAUAUUUAAAAAUACAAAUUCAAAGCAACGAAAGAUAAAAAUUCAACUCAAUAAUUUCCAAACUAAACGAACAACCAAAAAAAUGCGACUCUUUCGCCGCACUUAAGCGAAUUAUAAAACUGCGUUUGGCUUAGUCAAAGCUCUUUGAAACCUUUUACUUUCCAUCCGCUACACAAAUUAAAUUGAAAUUCGAAAGAACAAUACAUAGCAACAUACAUAGUGUACAUUCCACAUCAGUACAUUCCACGCAGUGCAGACGAUUUCAAAAUGUUUAUUUCCCCUAAAGACUAUCGCAGCGCGAACUCUUCGAACUUUGCACACGGGCUCAGCCAACAACAAAACACAUCCGCUCUACUUAUCGCCCACACCCACACAUCAGCAUCAGCAGCUGCGACAAAUACAAAAUCUUCUGCAUAUUCGCCACAACUAAUCCGCUCAGCUGCCGCCAUUAGCCUUGAGCUGCUACAACAGACCGUGCAUGUGAACGGAAAUACGACGACAACCUCCUCCGCACCGCUACUUCCGCCAUCAACACCAACAGCACUUUUCACCUAUGAGCACAACAAUGAAAGUGCGGUCGAUGGCAAUGAUACUUAUGUGGUAACGCCGCGCAUAAGUUCGGAGAUUCCAAUAUGGCUUAUACCCUGCUACAGUGUCAUAUUCUUCUUUGCCAUUGUUGGAAAUUUGUUGGUGAUAUCAACGCUCGCGCAGAAUCGUCGUAUGCGCACCAUAACGAAUGUGUUUUUGCUUAAUCUCGCCAUAUCCGACAUAUUGCUGGGCGUACUCUGCAUGCCGGUGACGUUGGUAGGCACGCUGUUGCGCCAUUUCAUCUUCGGCGAGUUCUUUUGCAAACUCAUACAAUUCUCGCAAGCUGCCUCUGUGGCCGUCUCAUCUUGGACUUUAGUUGCAAUUUCUUGUGAACGUUAUUAUGCAAUUUGCCAUCCGUUACGCUCAAGGACAUGGCAAACGAUUAAUCAUGCUUAUCGUAUUAUUGGAUUCAUUUGGUUCGGCAGCAUUAUUUGCAUGACUCCGAUUGCAGUUUUCAGUCAAUUGAUGCCAACAAGUCGGCAAGGUUUACGCAAAUGUCGCGAACAAUGGCCCGAGGACACCAUUGCGUAUGAGCGCUCUUACAACAUUUUCUUAGACUUGGUGUUGCUGGUGCUGCCGCUGCUCAUACUGUGCGCCGCUUACAUACUGAUUACACGCACCCUGUAUGUGGGUAUGCGUGCAGAACGUGCUCUAAUCUUUGGCGGCUAUGCCACGGGCGGCGGCGGCGGCGACACACCAGUCAAACAACACGACAGUAGUCCAUUAGAGGCAAUUGCUACAGUGACUAAGAGCUCGACGGCCCCAACAGCCGCCACACUUCAGCCAUCCAUGCUGAGAGGUUUUAAUUUGAAGAUGUCACUUCGCUGUCAUCGGAGACAAGCCAGUGUUAGGAGUGCGAGGAGCGAAGAAAGCGCAAGUGAAACACAAAAUGAUAUUGGGUAUCAUCAACAGUCACAGCAGCAGCAGCAGCUGCAGCAACAACGACGGCAACCGCAACAGCAACAGCAACAGCCGUUGAAGUAUUACGCAACGGCACUACCCGUGCAGGGUGCCAAGGCUUCUAUUGCUACACUGCCAAUCCUGAUGCCUAGAAUCAAAGUUUUGAAAUUCUGUUUUGAGAAGUCGCGAUAUAUGUGUAGCACAAAUGUUCCAAUAUAUACUGAAACUUAUGCUUUAUAUGAGUGGUUCGAAACCUUGUCCAACUGGCGACCCACUUUUCCUUAUCGCCAUAUCUCCACGGCCCCUUGGCCCCUUGGUGGAUUGAAAAACCUAAAUUUGUAUCAUAUCCCUUCUUUAUGUAUAUAUAUAUUUUACAAUAAAAUAUUGCAAAUAUGUCAAAGCAUCCUUUUCUCCAAGUACACACUGGAUGUGGUUGCUUCGGCCGCCUAUGGUCUUGACGGUGCUGCACUCACCAAUACCAAUUCGGACUUUACGCAACUUGUUGAGAAUCUCUUUUUGCCACAUGCCUGGAGUUUGCUUGAAACCAUUGCGCUACUCUUCUCCCCGCAACUCGGCAACCUCAUAAAAUACCAUUACGUGCCAACCGGCGUUCAAGACUGGCUGCAAGGGAUAAUUGGAAAAGUGUUGGAAAUUCGUUGCGCGUCCGUGGGUUCAGCGGGUGUGAGUGUAAAGUCAAACGAUUUCAUACAAUGGCUUAUUGAGGGUAAACAGAAGUUGCAUGAGCCCGUCGAUGCGACGACAAUCGUCGGACAUUGUAGCACUUUUUUAUUGGAGGGUUUCGAGACAUCAUCUUCGUUAAUGGCAUUUGCUUUGCACGAGUAUGCUAAAAAUCCGCUGGUACAAAAACGUGUACAACAGGAAAUAGACGAAGUGCUAGCUCGUCAUGGUGGCGAUAUUUGCUAUGAUGCAAUUCAGGAAAUGUCAUAUCUAGGAGCAACACUUUAUGAAACUUUGCGCCUUUAUCCGCCAAUGAUGGCACUGCUGAAGCACUGUACGAAAGAAUUUGAGCUACCAGCGCAGUUUAUGGGCGGCAAGUCUUUCAAGGUGCCUGUUGGAAUGGUUUUCGUCAUACCAGUCAAAGGAGUGCACUACGAUGCGGAUUUGUAUGAACAACCUUUGCAAUUUCAACCUGAACGAUUUUUGAAUCAAAAUGAAAAAACGCAUGGCUGUAUGUUUUUGGGAUUUGGUGAAGGUCCGCGUAUGUGUCCAGCUCUGAUUAAAUUUCCUUUUUGCUCUCAUACAGACAAUUCCAGCGGUAGUGGCGGCGAUAUUUUGCAAAAAUCCGUUUCGACUACUUCAACAAAAGUGCCACAAAGUGUAUUUGGCUUGCGGGUCUUGCCAUGCGUGGGCGCUGCAGAACAACAGAGGGACAUGCAACCGGCACAAACAAUACAGCAACAGCAGUCAUUACUACAUAACAAUAUAACCAGCCGAUUGCACGGCUGCAACAAUAAUGGCCACCACACGGACAAUAGAAGUGCGACAUCUUUGUUUGCCGAUUACCAACAGCAGCCGCCAUCGCAGCAACCGAAUCGCUUUACUCUGCGCGCCAAUUUGCCACAACAACAUAAUAGCCAUCAUCAGCUUCAUGUGCAACAACAAAAGCCACAUGUGUUGCAACAAAGGCCACCACCACUGCAAGCACAACAUAAACAGGAAUAUCUGAUGGUGGAUCGACGGAAAUCCAAUUCAUCGCCAAGUCAGCGCUUUAUAGAGUCGGCUUUAAGGAGAUCAAAUGAAACGAAAAACCUCGAAAGCAAAAAGCGAGUAGUUAAAAUGCUUUUCGUGCUGGUGCUGGAGUUUUUCAUCUGCUGGACGCCGCUUUAUGUGAUCAAUACCGUAGCCAUGUUCAUUGGACCGGCCAUUUACGAGUACAUCGACUACACAUCCAUUUGUUUUUUCCAGCUGCUCGCCUAUUCCUCCAGCUGUUGCAACCCCAUUACAUAUUGCUUCAUGAAUGCCAGCUUUCGACGCGCAUUUCUCGACACUUUCAAAGGACUGCAUUUGCGGAGUAGCAGCAACAACAACAGCAAUAAUGAUGGCGCGAGCAGAACGGGCAUUGAAAGUUGGCGUAUACGACGGAAUGGCGAUGGCAGUAGACGUAGCAUCCAUUUGCCGCCGCUUGUGACAAACGACGCGAUAUCGCUUACCAAUAAUGCAAUCAUGGUACUCAACGACGCAUCAGUGCAGGAGUUUGCAACUCCGCCACAACGCAACUAAAUGCUAUAAACGCACACAUGGGAAUUGGCAAAAGGAGUCACAGUCCAGGGUGUGGGGAGAAGUUUUUUUUCAGGUACGGCAUUUCGAUGGACUCGCACUUAAAGGGACUGCAUACAAGCAAAAGCAAUAUACUCUUAGCAAGUGUACAUCGCCAGCGUAAUUGGUUGGUCCUUUCAAUUUGGGAUAUCGAAAUUUGAAUUGCGAUGACACUUCACCAAUUUGUUGGGUGGCCAGCAUAUGGCAGCACACGUUUACAAACGUGGCGUAAAUAUGUAUCCAAAAAAGUAAUUGUAUUUAUAUAGCUAUGUGUAGAUGUAUAUAAGUGUCAGUAGUUAUUUUUAUUGAACUUUGAUCCAAUUGACAUUUAAAAUAAAUAUAUAUGUGCGUAUA